UGAAAAUAUUUCUCACGUACAUUUUAUUAUAUAGUAAAUAAUUUCUUGUAACAAUUUCUUGUAACAUAAUUACUGUAAAUUUACAUAAUAUCAAUAUAUUUUCAAAAUGUUCAAAUCCCUCGCCUUCCUCUUAAUUCUUACUUUCACUUUGAUGAUCGCAACCUUAUCUCUUUCUUUUCCAACAUCCCAACUUUCUGCUGAUGAGUUGAUUUCAUCAACAAUUGAAAGACGCGCCACCUCUCCUUUUACAAAACUUAUUUCAAAUAAGUCAGUAUUUACUUAUUAUUGGGUUGCAAAUGAAGUGGAUCACAAAUCAAAUAGUGUGGUCACACUUAAAGAUUGUAAAAAAAGAACGGUUGCGACCGUAAAUCGUGACUUCGCUAUCGAAAUGAAAACGGAAGGAUCUGGCCGUGGCAAAUCUGGAGAUGUGUUUAAUUUUGAUGAUUGUUCAUGUGGAUCUUCUUUUAACUGUUUUGUGAGACUUGACAAGAAAAAAUUCCCGUUCGGUCUUGCAGCAAAUGGAAAUGCUCUCAGACCUUUUAUUACUGUAGCAGCUAAUGACCUUCGUCCAGGCCAAUUAUUAUUUAUCCCAGCUCUUGUAGAUUUGGCCUUACCCGGUGGAAAACGUCAUAACGGAUGUGUAAUUGUCGAAGAUAGAGGUCACGGUUUUGGUGGAAAACAUAUUGAUUUUUUUGUUGCUUCUGAAUCCACUUACAAAACUUUGGAUAAACAAAAAAGUAUUACUAAUGUCCAAGUUUUUGAUGGAACUGCUUCAGAUGGAAAAAAAUGCACCCUUCAGAAUUAUACUGUAUAAUUUUAGAAAUCUAGAACUAGAUAAUCAAUAUAAUAUAAAUGAUUGUUAUUUAUGUAUAGUCUUUUAUUAAUUAAUGUAUCGAAUGAUAUUAUUUUUUCUUUUUUUU